AUGCCUGAGACCCCUGGAAGCAUUAAACAUAGGGAAGGAAAAGCUCAGAAAACGUAUCACACAGAAGACCUUUCUCCUCCUUACCGCCACCCGGAGGACAGCAGUGAGUGGCCCCCAGAACGACUCAGUCCUCAUCCUCAAAACCACACUCCUCCUCCAAAAGCACAAAGACAGCACCCACCUCCCAGACAGCAAUGUGAUCCUUCUAGUCUCACCCAGUCUACCCCCUCUAACCUGUCAUGUCCAUCCCAACCUACCUCAUCUCCUAUUAUAGUCCAUUCUCCGCCCUAUCCUUCUUAUCUCUUAUCCUCCCUUCCUGUUAAAAGAUGCACAUACAUUAUCAGGGAUUAUGACACAGACAACCUAAAUCGACAGUGA